AUUACACAAAUCUGCUCGCGCUAUCAAUGGCUGAAAACGGCAGCAACCCAAAACCAACGGUGGCUGCCGCCCUUUUCAGAAUUGCCGCGAAACCCAUCGGUUUGCUAAAACCCUAACUCCCUUUCCUUACCUCGUUUCAUACUGCUUUCCGAUCCCUCUAACUUAUCCCUAUCUUUGUUGCUUUUAAUUUCACAUUGUCUUAGACGAGAAAUCGGCAGGGUUUCCUUCCAAUCCUGCUCCCAUUUCCAUGCUUAGCCGUAUUCAUCAAUGGAAGCCAUUUCAUUUUCUGAGGAAAUGCGGGAUACUCGAUUCUUUUAGUUCUGUGAUCCUUGCUAGGCCUUCAGUUUCUUCCGCCCGCCUCGAAGCGGAAUCCGUCACUCCCUCCUUCGUUCUGGGCCAGAAUGACCCAGUUCGUGAGAUUCUUACGGGUUUAAAUUCCUUUGGGUUUAGAGCGUAUGUUGGUGGACGUAACUUUCAAACUGUAGUUUCUACUUUGAGUGAAACUGUAGUGGACGGCGUUCUUGAGAGUUUGACUAUUCAGAAUCCUGAUGUUGCUGUGGCAUUUUUCUAUCUGUUAAGAAAUAAGUACGGAUUUCGGCAUUCCGGGUUCUCCCAGCUUGCCGUUUCUCAUAUUCUAGCGGGUAAAGGAAGAUUCAAGGAGUUGCGUUGCGUUAUAAAGCAAUUGGUUGAGGAGCAAGGGUCGGGUUCUGCAUCUUCCUUUUGUGACCUGCUCUUGAACAAAUUCAGGAAUUGGGAUUCAAAUGGUGUGGUAUGGGAUAUGCUGGCAUUUGCGUAUUCUAGACAUGAAAUGAUCCAUGAUGCCCUCUUUGUCAUCGCAAAGAUGAAGGAUCUAAAUUUACAAGCUUCAGUUCCAACUUAUAACUCUCUAUUGCAUAACUUGAGGCACACUGAUGUUAUGUGGGAUAUAUGCAAUGAGAUCAAAGCUAGUGGAGCUCCUCAGAGUGAAUAUACUACCUCAAUACUUAUACAUGGCCUAUGUGCGCAAUCCAAGUUACAAAAUGCGAUUUCAUUCCUACAGGACAGCAAUGAAGUAGUUGGACCUUCUAUUGUGUCUAUCAAUACCGUUAUGUCAAAGUUUUGUAAAGUGGGGCUAGUAGAUGUUGCAAGGUCAUUUUUCUGUUUGAUGGUCAAGAAUGGACUUCUUCCUGAUUCGUACAGUUAUAAUAUUCUUAUUCAUGGGUUAUGUGUAGCAGGUUCCAUGGACGAAGCUCUGGAAUUCACAGAUGACAUGGAAAAGCAUGGUGUGGAACCUGAUGUAGUAACAUACAACACACUUGCUAAAGGCUUUCUCUUGCUUGGUUUUAUGAGUGGGGCCUGGAAAGUCGUCCAGAAAAUGUUGCUAAAAGGUCUAAAUCCGGAUAUCGUAACAUAUACAAUACUGAUAUGUGGGCACUGUCAAAUGGGCAAUAUUGAGGAAGCCCUUAAGCUGCGGCAAGAAACCCUUUCAAGGGGGUUUCAGUUGAACAUCAUUUCUUACAGUGUGCUACUUAGCUGUUUGUGUAAAGUUGGACGAAUAGACGAAGCAUUGGCAUUGCUCAAUGAAAUGGAAACUCUACGUUUGAAACCUGAUCUUAUAGUAUAUUCAAUCCUCAUUCAUGGCCUCUGCAAGGAAGGGUUUGUACAAAGGGCUUACCAACUAUAUGAACAAAUGCAUUUGAAGAGAAAUUUUCCUAACUACUUUGCUCAACGUGCAGUACUUUUGGGUUUCUUUGAGAAUGGAAAUAUUUCUGAGGCAAGAAAAUAUUUUGAUGCUUUGACUCAUAUGGAUCUGAUAGAGGAUGUGAUUUUGUAUAAUAUUAUGAUUGAUGGUUACGUAAGGCUUGGUGAUAUUUCUGAGGCUAUGCAGCUAUAUUACAGAAUGUUUGAAAGGGGGAUUACUCCGACUGUUGUCACUUUCAACACUCUUGUCCAUGGGUUUUGCAGAAAUGGAGACCUAGUGGAGGCUCGAAAGAUGUUCGAAAUCAUUAGGUUGAAUGGAUUGCUACCCAGUGUAGUAACUUAUACUACCCUUAUGAAUGCGUACUGUGAAGCGGGAAACAUGCAGGAAAUGUUUGAUCUACUGCAUGAGAUGGAAGCAAAUGCUGUUGUUCCAACUCAUAUAACUUAUACUGUACUAAUCAAAGGGCUCUGCAGACAGAAUAAAAUGCAUGAAGCCCUCCAGUUGCUUGAGUAUAUGUAUGCAAAGGGUCUAAUGCCUGAUCAGAUUACAUAUAAUACUAUUAUCCAAUGUUUUUGCAAGGCCAGAGACAUUGCAAAAGCUUUCCAGGUUUAUAAUGAGAUGUUGCUCCAUAAUCUUGAUCCCACCCAUGUAACUUAUAAUGUACUUAUUAGUGGUCUUUGUGUAUAUGGCGACCUAAAGGAUGCUGAUCGAAUGCUGGUUUCUAUGGAGGAUCAAAAUAUUAGCUUGACAAAAGUUGCUUAUAUGACAAUUAUUAAGGCACAUUGUGCAAAGGGUCAGGUGUCUAAAGCAUUAGGGUUCUUCAAUCAAAUGUUGGCUAGGAGUUUUGUCAUUUCCAUCAGAGAUUAUAGUGCUAUCAUUAAUAGGCUGUGCAAAAGGGGUCUAAUUACUGAAGCAAAGUACUUCUUUGCUAUGAUGUUAUCUGAAGGUGUAACUCCUGAUUCUGAAAUUUUCGAGACAAUGCUUAAUGCUUUCCAUCAACAUGGUAAUAGCAGUUCAGUAUUUGAAUUUCUUGCUGUGAUGGUUAAAUCUGGCGUCAUUUCACAUUGAUCCAUCAGAAGAGAUCAGUCGAUCACAUCACGCAGUUCCAGAUAACUAUCUUUUGGCAUAAGAGGAUAGCAUCUGAGGUACAGCUCGAGUAUUUGCAACUAUAUCCAUGUACUUUUACGCGAGGGCAAGCUUAACAUGAAACGAUCAUGCUGAAUGUCUUACACAUAUCAAAUCCUUUACCCUCAGUUUCAGUUACUGUGGGAUGUAGGGAUAAUUUUCCCUCUGUCGCAUGUAUCAAACUUUAUGCCUCAGAUAAGCAACGAAAGGAAAAUCAUGUCAAUGGCCCUUAUGGGCUCUCCCAGCUUGGAGGCUGCAGCAGACAGUCUUAUAGAGUGGUUAUGACAAGUUGUACUACGAAUAGGCUGAGCCUGAUUCCUUGCAGCGAUUCGAAUAGAAAGUAAGGAAUUUUCGGAAUCUAGAGGGGCAUCACUUUCAGAACUCCCGUCUGUAUUUAUUAAGCAUGGAGGAUGGUCGAUACUUGAUCCGAAGAGGCAACUGUUGAUACUUGAAGGGAUUUAAAGAUAAAUCAAACAUAUUUGAUCUCUGAUAGGAUAGCUCACAACAAAGAAGAACAAGUGGUAAGAUCUUUUUUCCUAUCAGUUAUUAUAUUGAUACCAGAUGCUGCCCUGAUCUUCAUGCAAAUAAGGAAGAAAAGAACGUUUACAAUUCGACAGCAUAAUAAAAAGAAUUUGUUGAACUUUACCAUAAUAAAAAUUGGCCCUUAAUCGUUUGGGUAAUUCUCAAUUAA